AGGUUCGGGACAACAAAACACUAUCGAAAUUAGUUUACUAUAUGUGUUUAUUUUGGUUAAAUUCGCCGGUAGUUAUACUAAAUUAAGUGUUACAUAAAUUAACAUGCGCUGGCUUUACGCCUGUUUUGUUAUUAUACUGUGCGCCCUCAUAUUCUGCGAAUAUGUGGCCGAUUUCGUGGUUCUGCAAAAGUGCAAGUGGCCAGAGAUAAAGCGAAAGAUGGGAAAGUAUGUGGAUGAUCCGCUGCGUGCUAUGAUCAUAGCCGAUCCCCAUUUGCUGGGCCCUCAUCGCGGCCACUGGCUGGACCAGUUUUACAGGGAAUGGCAUAUGACCAGAGCGUUCCAGGCGGCUUCGCGUCUCUUUCAGCCCGACGUUGUCUUUGUGUUGGGCGACCUGUUCGAUGAGGGCGAUAUGGUCAGCGAUAAGCAAUUCAAGGAAUAUGUCUGGAGGUAUUUGCAAAUGUUUCGAUUACCGCCUGGCAUACCGCUAAUUAGUAUUGUGGGCAAUCAUGACGUUGGUUUCCAUUACAAAAUGCAUCCCUUCUUCAUGUCGCGCUUUCAGAAUGAUCUAAACUACUCGCUGGUGCAUUUGUACACCAUAAAGCAGAUUCACUUUGUGAUUAUCAACUCCAUGGCCAUGGAGGCCGAUGGCUGUAUGUUCUGCAAUGAGGCAGAAUCUGCUCUCAAGAACAUUUCACGCACCCUGCACUGCAUGAAGUAUCCGGAGGAGGCCGAGUGUGCCCGCACACGUCGACAUCCCUAUAGCCAACCCAUACUGCUUCAGCAUUUUCCCACUUACCGCAUCUCGGAUACGAUGUGCCAGGAACACGAUGCCCCCUUCAUUGAGGCCUAUCGCGAGCGUUUCCAUGUUAUUUCCAAGGAAUCCACAGAUAUGCUGGGGGAGUUGCUGAAGCCCCGUUUGGCCUUUGCCGGACACUCGCAUCACUUUUGUCACAGCGUCAAUCGACUGGGGAUCGAUGAGUAUACGGUGGCCUCCUUUAGCUGGCGGAAUAAGAUCAAUCCUAGUUUUAUGCUGGCCACUUUAACACCCGAUGACUAUGUGGUUUCCAAGUGCAAAAUGCUGCCACAGCAAUUUGUUUAUAAUAGUUACUUGUGUGCCGGUGUCAUCUGCCUUAUGGUUAUUGCAUUACAGCUUAUGAAGUCCUUACGCAGGAGCCGCGAACUGGACACAGAUCAAAAUCAUACAAAGCAUAACUAGUUGUAUGCUUAAUUAGAAAUUUUGGUCUUUCGGAGCAAAGUACAAGAGUCAAUCGUCUCUUUUGUGAUUUAAUGCCUAAUUGGGGCUUAGUUCUUAGAAUUAGAAAUUUGUUUUUUUUUGGAAAUUAACAGACGACGAUUUUCAUAUCAUUCCUAGCUGCUUUUUCGCUUAUUCUAGAGAUAUUUCUAAUAAAAUCGAGUGUAUGGAUCCAUAUUAAUAAAUUUUAUCUCGGAAUACACAUAAGCAUAAAGGAUUGCUGCUCGAUCAAAUAGAAAAAGGCAGUCUUUAUGCAGAUUCAUCAGUUCCGUUCCUGUACUUCGAUUUGUACUACACUAUUUGUACGUUUAGGGUUAAGGUUUAACUACAAACUAGACCAAUUACAAAAUUGUUUGAAUGCAA